AUGUCCUCACAAGCAGUGCAGUUGUAUAUAGAAAAAAAUCAAGUGGUUAUGAACAAUGGUAUAGUGAAAGUGUUUUUCUCAAAUCCUGGUGGAUUUGUAACUAGAAUACAAUAUAAUGGCAUUGAUAAUAUGCUUGAAGAUCUUAAUGAAAUGAAUAAUAGAGGGUAUUGGGAUGUUGUUUGGAGUGAAGCAGGAACUACAGGAACACUUGGGACAUUUGAGAAGGUUGUAGGAACAAGUUAUAAUGUUAUAAUAGAAACAGAUGAACAAGUUGAAAUCUCAUUUACUAGGAUAUGGGAUCCAUCUCUAAAGGGGAAGCAAUCCCCUCUAAAUAUAGACAAAAGGUAUGUGAUGCUACGAAAUUCAUCAGGAUUCUACUCUUAUGCUAUAUUUGAACACUUAAAAGAGUGGCCAGCUUUCAACAUACCUCAAAUAAGAAUUGUUUACAAGCUUCGUAAAGACAAGUUUCAUUACAUGGCUGUGGGGAAUGAUAGACAAAGGUUUAUGCCUCUACCUGAUGAUCGAUUACCUGAAAGAGGACAAGAACUUGUUCCUCCAGAAGCUGUUUUGCUUGUUAAUCCUGUGGAGCCAGAGUUUAAAGGAGAGGUAGAUGACAAGUACCAAUACUCAAGUGAAAAUAAAGACCUUAAGGUCCAUGGAUGGAUAAGUUCAAAAUCCGAAACAAAUCAAGCAAUAGGGUUUUGGGUAAUCAUGCCCAGUAAUGAGUUUCAAUCAGGUGGCCUUAUCAAACAAAACCUCACCUCUCAUGUCGGCCCUAUCAGUCUUGCCAUGUUUCUUAGUGCUCAUUAUGCAGGAGAGGAUAUAGUUCUUAAACUCCAGCCCAAUGAGCCAUGGAAAAAAGUUUUUGGGCCAACUUUUGUCUAUCUUAAUACCUUUUUAGAUCAUCAUGAGGAUUCACUAGAGCUAUGGGAGGAUGCCAAGUAUCAGAUGAACAAGGAAGUGCAAAGUUGGCCUUAUGAUUUUCCAGCUUCAAUUGAUUUUCAAAAGUCUAGCGAACGAGGAACUAUUAAUGGCACAUUACUAGUUCGUGAUAGGUUUGUAAAUGAUAAGGACAUAAUAGCACAAGGUGCAUACAUAGGUUUGGCACCACCGGGGGAUGUUGGAUCUUGGCAAAGAGAAUGCAAGGGAUACCAAUUUUGGUGUAGAGCAAACGAUAAUGGAUACUUUUCAAUAGAAAAUAUACGAAGUGGAGAUUACAAUCUAUAUGCAUGGGUUCCAGGUUUCAUUGGAGAAUAUAAGAAAAAUAUUAUGAUCAAAAUAACUCCAGGUUGUAAAAUAAACUUUGGUGACAUUAUUUACGAGCCUCCAAGAAAUGGUCCAACAUUAUGGGAGAUUGGAAUCCCUGAUCGCUCCGCGGCUGAGUUUUAUAUUCCAUAUCCUAAUCCAAAAUUCAUAAACAAGCUUUUUAUAGAUCAUCCAGACAAGUUCAGGCAAUAUGGCUUGUGGGAAAGAUAUGCAGAGCUAUAUCCAAAUGAAGAUUUAAUUUAUACUGUUGGUGUUAGUAACUACACAAAAGAUUGGUUUUAUGCACAGGUCACAAGGAAGAAAAAUAAUGGUAGUUAUCAAGGAACUACAUGGCAAAUUAAGUUUAACCUAGAUGAUGUGGAAGUAAAUGGAAUCUACAAAUUGCGAUUGGCUCUUGCAAGUGCAAAUGUCUCUGAGUUACAAAUUCGAGUGAACGAUGUUAAACAAGAUCCUUCAAUAUUUACUACUGGGUUGAUUGGAAAGGAUUAUGCAAUAGGAAGACAUGGCAUUCAUGGACUUUAUUGGCUAUAUAAUAUUGAUGUGCCAAGUCUUUUGUUAUCCAAAGGAGAUAAUACUAUUUUCCUAACACAGACUAUGGCUUUUGGUCCUUUGGCACGCUUUCAAGGAAUAAUGUAUGACUAUAUUCGUUUAGAAGGUCCUAACUCUUGUUCUUCAUAUUCAAAGAAAAAUAAUCUUAAUUGUAUUGUGUGUGUGACAAAUAAGUGA